ACUUUGCGAUAAACAGUGUUUCAAUUGUCUUCCUAUUAUAUUGUACUUCGUAAUUUAAACCAACGAGCAUGCAUUGCAAAUAUUUCACUAUCAUUUGUUUACUUUGCGUAGUAACAGUUCAGUGUAAGAUUGUGGGUGUAAAUAAAUUAUCUGUUUGUUCUAUCAAAAAAUCAUGCGAAGAUUGUCUUCAACUGGAUCACUGUUCCUGGUGUGCUUCUAACAAAAAAUGUUUCUCUGAACAUUUGCUCGGCUUUGAUAAUUUCUGCAACAACACCAUCAAGGCUAUGGACUACGGAAUGAGUUUGAUGGAGAAUGCUGAGUGUGCCUGUAGCGGCGGCCAUAUAAAAGUGAACAAAUGCCGUCCACCGGGAGUCGUUGAUGGAGCCGAGUGCUAUGGAAGAGGAAGCUGUGUCUGCGGAACUUGUAUUUGUAAUACGAAUCCGGAUCCUGAAAAUCCUAGUAAGUUUAUUGUCGGAGAAUUCUGUGAAUAUGACAACUAUUCGUGCGAUGGCCCAAAAUGCAACGAAGGGCCGUACUCCAUAAACGAUAUUCAUUUGUAUGAGGAAAAUAACGAAGACGACACAUCGGCGAAUAACCAGCCUGUCGAAUGAAAUGUCGAUGGAAAAAUAUAAAUAUUGUAUUUUGUUAUUAAAUAUAAUAAUACUAAAAACAUUUCUUUCCGGACCAGAUCCAUAUCAUUGUUCGUCGUGUUGAUGUACCUUUAUAAAUAGAUUAAAAAAUUAAAUUAGAAUGAAUUUAAAAGGCAUAAAA